CGCCACGUGACGUGGAAGGUCUCUCUCGCGAUCAGGCGGAGCUGCUGCGGAUGUCGUUGUUUUGGCUGAGAGAGCGACAGAGUGAGAUAGUGAGAGUGAGAGAGAGAGACGCUUGUCACCGAACAUCUCUGGGUGCCUCGGACGUUUUCGUGCUGGUCGCCGUCCCCAUCCAUUGCCGAAGAGGCACUGCGAGUCUCUCCCGGGGAGAGCAUCGCACAGAGAUCCGCUGAUGGAGGACUUUGAUGAAAUCUACGAGGAGGAAGAGGACGAGGACAGGGCCGCGGAAGAGCAACUGCUUAAGUACACUCCGGACCCAGUUGUGGUGCGCGGAUCCGGCCACGUCACUGUGUUUGGACUGAGCAACAAGUUUGAGUCAGAGUUUCCUUCCUCGCUCACAGGAAAGGUGGCACCAGAGGAGUUCAAGGCCAGUAUCAGCAGGGUGAAUGGGUGUCUGAAGAAGACACUGCCUGUAAAUGUGCGCUGGCUGCUGUGUGGCUGUUUAUGCUGCUGCUGCACCCUGGGAUUCAGCCUGUGGCCUGUUAUCUGCCUCAGCAAGCGAACGCGGCGGUCUGUGGAGAAGUUGCUAGAGUGGGAGAAUAAUAGACUAUACCACAAGCUCUGCCUGCACUGGAGACUGAACACGCGGAAAUGUGAAACCAAUAACAUGAUGGAAUAUGUCAUCCUGAUAGAGUUCCUACCCAAGAGCCCGAUAUUCCGGCCAGACUAGCCCCACCAGUCAGUCUGCAGGGUGUCCUCCCGCAUGGUGCCUUACUCUGGGACUGUCUCCGUGUGGAGCUGAACACUACAGACAGGGCCUACUGAGGGCCUCUCAGAGACGGCUGUCCGUUCAUCCUGUGGAGCAUGGCCUUCUUACUGCGCUGGUCACAGACUCCUCUGUUUAAGAUCCCUGCAGGACAUUUGCAGGCUCACUGCAUCUCUGCAGAGGCAGGAGAGAACCUGGGUCAGCUGUCUGUCUGCUGUCUGUCUCUAAGGGCACGUGGACAUUGAUGGGGAUAUUUGUGCAUUCUGUGUGUGUGUGUAUGUGUGUGUGAGAGAGUGUAGCUGAAGAGAAGCUCAGUGGCAUAAUGAUAUUAUGCACAUGGGCUUUGGACUCCUGACUGGGUUCUCCGUGUGAAGGUUCUACUCUGCUGGGUUCCGCUUGUGAAAGUUCUACUCAGCUAGAAUCUCCUUGUGAAGGUUCUACUCAACUGGAUUCUCCUAAUGGGGGUUCUACUCAGCUGGGUUCUCUUCGUGAGGGUUCUGCUCAGUAAUCUUCACGUCUGCAGGACUUCAGAGACGCCAGUCUGGGAGGCCAGGCGAAGUACUGUGUGAAAACAGACUGCAUUAUGGGACAUCUAUUCUGUUUGUUGUCAGUAGGUUACUGUAUGUGCAUUAUUGACUUACUAAUUUUAUUAAAAUAAUUUGUCUCUAAGUCAACAAGUUUAUUUGGUUUAAGAAAUUCCUUGCAGGUGUCCCAAACUUAAGACAAGAACCGAAAUCUUAUUGGUGAAAUUCAAACCCAGUGUGUAUAAUAUCCUUGCACUGGAUAUGAAUUCAGUGAAGGUUUUAUAUAUAAUGAGUACAAAUACUGAAUAUAGUAUAUAUAGUUGCAGGAAGAAAUUUGUGAACACUUUGGAAUUAACUGGAUUUCUGCAUUAACUAUUCAUUAAAUAUGGUCUGAUCUUCA